AUGAAAUUGGUUUUUUUUUUAAUUUUAAUAAUAAUAACAGUACUUAAUGGAUUCGAAAUAAAGGUUUUUAAAUAUAAUAAUCUACUCUGCGAAGGAGAAUCAGAUGAAAUAAAUAGUGUUCCACAAUGUUCAAUUAUGGGUUAUUUUCAAUUGGCAGGAAACAGAAAUCUUUUGGCAAGAAUUGCAGUUUCAAAUUACACAGAAUGCUCAUCAUCAAGAAAAAUUGAUAACUUUAUUAAAAUAAAUGAAUGUAUACCUAAUGAAUUUGGUUUUUCACAAUUUUAUACCUAUAGUGAAAAUAAUGAACCAUCAUUGGUCGAUGAUUUUUGUAAUGAAUAUAUAUUUUUUAACAGUGACGGUAACAGUAACAGUAAUAACAAUAACAAUAGUAGUAGCAGUAGUAACAGAAAUAAUAAUAGUUUUGGGGAUUGUGAUAAAGUAAAAAUUCAUUCAUUUAGGAAUGGUACAUGUAAAUAUUUACCAAAGGAGAAUGAAUAUAUAAAAAGAUUUUGUUAUGGUGGUUCCAAAACCAUACAUGAAUAUGCAUGCGACUCAUGUAUAGGAAUUAAUUGCUCUUUAUUAAAUGUAAUAAAUAAUGUAAAUAACUGCUCAGAAAUCCCAAGUAAAAAAAUAUCAACUCCAGAAUUAACAAGUAGCAGCCCCUCGUUUAAACAUAGAGAUGUUUAUAGUUAUGUAUUUUUAUUUAUGGUUAUUCUAUCGGUAUUAAUAAUAUAA